GCACGUGAAUAUGGCAGUGGUGGGGGUAAUAUUGCACGUUGUGUAGUUGAGUAGAGGGGGCAUAGCACAGACACGUAGUGGAAUCACUCGAUGGCCGGCAAUGUGCACUGCGUCAUCGUUCUAAGUGUCUCGCUGCUGCUUUUCGAAGUGUUAGCACGAUCUCCUUUAUUUUAUUUGUUUCUCUCGGUUAACAAUAAUACUAAUUUAAGAACACAUACACACACGUAUUCGAUAAGUUUACGCAAUUGCAUUAAAAAAAGACUAUCGGUGCUUCUGAAGGAGAUGAAUAUCUAACAAAUAACUGUUCCAUAGAAAGUUACUGUAUUAGACUGAUUUGCACGAUUACACUCACACGCGUUCCAAGUGCCACCAAUUCCAUCGAUGCUUAUAAGAGUACAACUUAUAUUCCUUUUUUUCUUUUUUUUACUUUUUAGAUAUUAAAAAUGUUUUUCAUAUUUAGCUGAUAAUCUUUCUUUACACUUUUACCGGUAUCUUCGUUAUCUUAAUCGUUCGGUGUCCUCGCUAUUUUAUUUAAUCGUUCUAUUACACUUUCACCGGCCUAUCAGUCGAUAAUGUUAAAAUAUAAUCAUUCAACUUGUUCGAACAAUUCUCACUAACAUUGUCUUAUGACGUGUUCCUCGUGCUGGAGAUGUAAUAAUAACAUAAAUGUAUACAUCUUUUGAUACUUUUGAAUGCGUCAAACAUUGUUGCUCGAGUGCAGUGAGUGAGUAUCGUGGGAGGUAACGCCUCGGUGCGAUCCUCUUGGGGAGGAAAGAACGGAAAGUGGAGUUAACAGUUGAAAAUGGAGAAUCGUGUGCUUGGACCUACGCCGGAGGAGACGACAGCGGCGGUAACAACAAGCUGCGGUAUUGGUACAUCUUCUCCAGUGGCAUCGGCGCCGACCAACACGGUUACUGGUGUCGGUGGUUCUGGUGCUCUGACUUCGGCCACUUGCACCAUACAGAAUCCCGUGGUCGUGGUGGCGAGCCCGCCAACUAAGCAUCAGCAGCCUGCUGCCGUGCUGUCCACUAUCCCUACUGUCCCUACUGUUCCAUCCGUUUCCGGUGUCACCGCUGCUGUGCCCAAGAUACUCAGUAGAAACAUCAACGGCACGCUGGUGCAGACGUCCGUACCUCAAAAUGAAGCGGAACUACAACUGUACAGAGUGAUGCAACGUGCGUCUCUGUUGAGCUACUACGACACGCUUUUAGAAAUGGGUGGUGACGACGUACAACAAUUAUGCGAUGCUGGAGAAGAAGAAUUUCUGGAAAUUAUGGCGCUCGUUGGUAUGGCAAGCAAACCUCUCCAUGUCAGAAGACUUCAAAAAGCUCUCCAGGAAUGGCUCACAAAUCCUUCACUUUUCCAAACACCAGUUGUACCGACAACGGCUACGUGUAAAGCUCCUGCUGGCAUAGGAUUUCCCUGCGUGAGUCCUAGGCCGCAAGUGCAAAAUCUUCAAGGUUUUACAACGACUUCGCAAACAGCAACUCCUACUCCAUAUGUUUCGUCGCACGUAUCUCUAACACCAUUACCAUGUAGAAGUACUAGCCCUAUUGUAUCCGUUACAAGUGUAACAGCACCAGUGGCCUCAACAACAUUUCGACAAAGUCCAAGUCCCAAUACACCUCUGCCUUAUACUACUUCUCACAGUCCUGGUAUAUUACAGGUAGGGACAUGUGAGUCAUCCUGUGGUAGUGGUACAACACCAAGUCCUAGUGGCGGUGGUGGUGCACCUGCGAGUCCAACGCAACCUACACCAACCCUUUUGCAAUCUCAAAUACAAAGACUUGCAGAGGCAGCUGAAAGACUUGCCGCUACUAUUCGACCCGUUGAUCCAAAACCUCAUAAUGUUAAGAAAAAAAUUUGCAAAAAUUUAGAAAUGGUAAUGGCUAUGCCUGAUAGUGAUCCACGUAGAAUGGAAGAAAUUCGGAAAUAUGCAGCAAUUUAUGGAAGGUUUGACUGUAAGAGGAAACCGGAGAAACCAUUGACAUUGCACGAAGUGUCAGUAAAUGAAGCUGCUGCACAAAUUUGCAGGUUCGUACCUGCCCUUCUUACUAGAAGAGAUGAACUUUUUCCUUUGGCCCGACGCGUUGUGAGAGAUUCUGGGUAUCAUUAUUCAAAAAAUCAUUACUUAUCCGUGUCAAGGCCACGUGAAAAUGGCGAAGAAAACGAACCUGAUCGUACAAAACGACAAAAGCUCGAGCUUGAGGGUGAGAAUGAAGAUGCGACGCAGGAGUUGGAUCUACGUUGCCCUGAAAUGGAUAUAGGUAACUCAACAAUUAGAAGACACAGAUCUUCAAGUCCAGUUUGGAGGAAGAAGAAUAACAAUGGUAUGUUCAGUGCGAGUAUCGAGGAGAUUAGCGACUCUGACAGUCAACUUUCAUUUUCAAAUGAAGAGUCUUCAUCGAUACACGACACUAAUGAAGUUGAAGCAGAUAAUACAGAUAAGGAAAGUGAUUUCAAUCUUAAGGUAAUAGCUUCACGGGGAGAUAAUAUAAUUGCUGUGGCAAAUCCUGCAUUAAUGGAAUGUAAUCAUCCUAUAAAAGAAGAACCAACAGACGAAAAACCAACGCUGUGAUAUUGUUAAAAAAUUGUAUUAUCAUAGUUGUCUCAUUCUUAGAAACAUGUUUCAGCCUGUAUUAGAAUUAGUAUUAUUAUAUGUAUUUGACCAUUGUCAUGUUAUUUCCUAUAACAUAAUUUUUAUGUUGGUUGUUGCUGCACAAGUAAAAUUUUUGCAUCAAAAACUAUUUUAAAAUUAGAAUUAACAGAUGUUACAAUGGGUUUCAUAAAACCAACAGAAGUAUGUUAAAAAAUACGGCGCUGGUCAUUAUUUGAUUUUAAUAAAUUCUUUGUACUUAUUUUAAGCUACAAAAACACUUUUAGAUGUUGUAUAUACUAUUAAUUUCUUUAAAUCAAAAGCGUGUGUUGACUGAAAUAUAAUUGCGUAUUGUAUAACACUAAAAUUUGUAAAUAUACAAUGAACCUUUUUUAUUCAA